AUGGUACCAAAACCGUACGAUGAUCUAUUUAUUGAGCCAGCUGGCGAUUACGAUGUUGUUUAUGCUGAUUACAAUGCAAC